AGACUACCUCCAAAUUUAUUGUUCCUCCCUCUGGUUAUCCCCCAGAUCAUCCUGUGUCUCGGUCUUUGAACAAGAAAUACUGUCAUUCGAAUUCUAAACCUCUUGACUCUGAUGAACUUAAUGUUAAGACUCCACUUUCUGAUUCUAAUAAUCAUGUUGAGAAGUCUGUUUCAUUUGGUGUGCAAGCUCCUGCUUCAAAUGAUAUUAUAAUGCUUGAUGCUGAGAAUAGAUGUGUUCCAGAUUCUGUUUCACCAUCUCCCAGGCCUUCUUUAUCCCGUUUAGCUUCUCUUAAGAAGAAAAGUGGCAAAGAAAAUGUGCCCCCCGAUUCAGCUAAUAUGGAUCAAGUUAUAAUGCAAACAUUGGACUUCACUCCUCAUAGCUCUGAUAGAAUUGAUUCCAGGCUGCCUAAACCUAGAUCAAUUCUUAAAUCCCAAGCUUGGCACUCUAAGUCCUGUUCUCAGAAGAGGUCUUCUCCCGAUGUUCAAAUUCUUGGUGAACCAUCUCUAGAAGAGAAUGUGCUGAAUAUGUCCAGAAAAGCAGAACAAUUGUAUAAUUCUAAUUUACAAGUGUCUGCUAAAACUCCUAAUCCAGUGACUGCUGUUGGAAUUUGUGCUUCUGCUCAUCAUUUUGAUUUUACCUCUCAAUCUCAACCAUUCAAGAUCAGAGAUUCAUCUACUGGUGGGAAACAGCCAUUGCAUGGUCCCAGACGUUUAGCAUUUCCUGGUCCUGUUCUUCGUGGUGAUUUUGUUACUAACAAUAAGAGGUUUGCUGUUACUAAAUCUGAAAUUCAAAACUACAAAGUUAUUUGUAAGCUUGCUUCGUCCAAGUUUCAAAGUGAGGAUGCUGUGAAUCUGUUUGGUGUUCGCUGUACCUUUUGGUGUCUUGGUGAAUCACUAAAACCUGGUGGGCAAGUCAAGAGUUUUAUUGUCUCUGCAUUCUGCUUUAGUUUGUUCCAAAAACCAAAUGGUCAUCCUGAUACAUCAAAGAGACACUAUUUUUUCCCCAACAUUGGUGAGAAUUUGUUAAAAGAUAUUGAUGAUGCUGAUCAAGAUAUUUUGGGGCGUGCUUUUAUAAAGUCAUCUAAAGCAAGACCCUUGAAGCAUUCUAAUUUGCUCGUUUUUCCUACAUGCUUUGAGGAUCAUUGGUUUGUUUUUAUCGUUGAUAUUAAGGAUAAGAAAUAUGUCAUGCUUGACUCUUAUUAUAAGGAAACUGAUGAAUUUCAAGAAAUCGUUCGUGAAAGAAUGGUUAGUUCUUUUACUUAA